CUGCCGUCGGUCGGUCAGUCAGUCAGGCAGCUGCUGUUCUUCACACAUACACACAAGAGACACACAGGUCUGAAUGGUGAAAGGAAGGUAAAAGCGGCUACAGAAUCGCCUUUUACAGCGGAAUGUUCACUCGAAGGGGUUAUGGAGACGUCAAGAAAUCUACACAGAAAGUUCUGGACCCAAAGAAGGAUGUUUUCACGCGCCUGAAGCAUCUGCGCUCGCUGUUAGAUAUUACUGACAGGAAUGAACUGAAGUCAUUUUUUGAAACCAACUGCUCACAGAUUUAUUUUAUCUUCUAUGAAAAUUUCAUUACACUGGAAAGUAACUUAAAGCAAAAAGGGAACAAAUCUCAACGGGAGGAGCUGGACUCCAUCCUCUUUAUUUUUGAAAAAAUUCUGCAACUUCUACCUGAGAAAAUCAACAGUCGAUGGCAGUUUCACAGUAUAGGUUCUAUACUCAAAAAACUUUUGCACACUGGAAACUCUUUCAAGAUCCGCUGUGAGGGCAUGCGUCUGUUCCUGCUCUGGCUGCAGGCUCUGCAGAGUAACUGUGCCGAAGAGCAGCUCCUUAUCUUCGCCUGUCUGAUUCCUGGAUUCCCUGCUGUACCCUCAUCCAGAGGACCCUGCACACUGGACACCAUCAUAUACAACCCCUUUUCCAACCCGCCUGACGCCAAGAUUGUGCCAGAGGAGAUCACCCCACUGGUGCCUGCGGUUCCCGGAGAGAAAGUGGCAGAUGACCACACCUGCUCUGUUCUCCAGAUUGUGCUCAAGGUCAUGGUUCUGCAGGCAUCCAGCUUGGACUGGAAAAACAAAGAAAGCCAGGACACAGGCUUCAGAUUUCUCUUCUCCCUGUUCAAGAAGUACUACUUGCCUCACCUCUUCCCCUCUUUCACAAAACAAACCAACCUCUACAAGCCACAAUUAGAUCUUCCCAUUCACAGACCAAAGCCCCUGUACGUCCCUGUGACGCGUAACAGUGAGAGCACGUACUGCACUAGGGAUCAGUAUCUGGCUCCCCGCGUUGCCUUCAUCACGUGGCUCGUUAACUUCUUCCUGGAGAAGAAGUACGUGAACUCGGCCACGAGCAGCUCUAAGAAUGGAGGAGAGGUCCUUCCUAAGAUCAUCCAGACUGUGACUGCGGGCGGUGUCAGUCAGGAGAAGAGCGCAGACACCGAGCCCAAUGGUCCUGUGGAACAGGAGAAGAAUCACUCAAACAGCAGCACGCUGUCAGAUCGCAGGGGCAGCAACUCCAGUCUGUGUAGCAUCGAGGAGGAGCAUCGCACCGUCUAUGACAUGGUGCAGUCCAUCCUGCUCUCCACACGAGACAACGUCAAUUUCGUCAACGAGGUCUUCCAUCAGGCUUUCCUGCUGCCGGCCUGUGAAGCUUCAGCCACUCGCAAGGUGAUCAAAGUCUACAGGAAGUGGAUUCUGCAGGAAAAGCCUCAUUUCAUGGCUGAGCCUGAGACAACAAGCCAGGAGGAAGAUGGAGAGGAAGAGCACCUCAUCUCCGAGACUGACAGUGCACAUGUGCAGGUCUUGGCGACUCAUGGGCAUAAACGAUCGUCCAGUUGGGGGCGCACUUACUCCUUCAGCAGCGCCAUCAGCAGAGGCUGUCUGACUGCAGAACAGAACCUGGAUGUGAAGGCUGGCAUCCAGCCCGCCCUGCAGGUGUUCCUGACAAACUCUGCCAACGUGUUCCUGUUGGAGCCGUGUCAGGAUGUGCCCAAGUUGCUGGAGAACCAACUGGAGGUGUGCCGAGCCGUGCUCAGCGUCUACCGUCACAUUAUUAUGGAGCAAAACAUGAACCGCCAGACCUGGGAGCAGUUGCUACAGGUAUUGCUGAGGAUCACAGAAGCUGUGAUGAGGAAACCACAGGAGAACCAAAGAAAAGACACAUUCGCCCACAGCCUGGCCAGCGUCCUCUUCAAAACGAUCUUUGUGGCGUGGGUGCGGGCCAACCUGACCGUGUUUAUCUCCCGUGAACUGUGGGAUGAGCUGCUGGCUGUGCUGUCCUCUCUCAGCCACUGGGAGGAGCUGGUGUUCGAGUGGGCCAGCAUCAUGGACUCUCUCACUGCUGUACUGGCCCGUCACGUCUACGGCCUGGACCUCCACAACCUACCGCUGGACAAACUCUCAGAACAGAAGGAAAAGAAGCAGCGUGGCAGGGGCAUAACGCAGGACUCCCAGAAGUCUACAGAUGGAGCGCGGUCAUUCUCCUUGAGCUGGAGGGGCUCUGGAGACCAGAUGGGGGCUCAGGAACCCAUGAGGUUCCGCAGUGCCACCACCACUGGAGCUCCUGCUGUGGAGAAAGCUCGCAACAACGUCAGGCAGAAAGCAUCAGCUAAGCGAAGUCAGUCUAUCAGCAACUGUGUGCAUCUUUGUGAGGCUUUGCCGGCCACUAAGAGUGUGCCCAUGCUGCUCCACACUGUCAGCUCUUUCUUACCUGGUAUCUCUCACAACUCUCACUGCUCUCACAGACUCUCAGAUGUGGAGGAGUGUCAACUGUCCGAAUGUGAGAUGGGGGAUGGAGACAGUCCUCUGCCCCGCAGCAGUAGCACCUCUGACAUCACACAGCAGAUCAACGACACCUUCCCAGGUCAGAAGAGAGAUGAGUCUGUGGAUACGGGCAGAGCAUCUGUGUCAGAGAACAGCUCUACAGGGAAAAAAGAGAGCGAAGCUCCCAUGAUUCUGAUCCGGCGGAGCAGCAGUCCAGCAGAUCUGGAUUAUCCAGCAGACGGAGCUCCAACAUUCCUGAAGAUUAAACACCGGGAGAAAAGUGAGAGUGUGAGCAGUGAGACGUCUAAUGGCUAUCUGAACGAUGCUGAGGUGGGUCUGCUGGGGUGGCAUGCGGUUGAGGAGGAGCCGGACUCUCCCUCUACUCAUGACAUGAGCAUGAGCAUGAGUGUCACCGCGGAUACAGUGAGCCAGAGGAGCCUCCUGCUCAGCCACACUGAAGCACUGGCAGGGUCUGAUUGUGCCGCCCCUCCUCACUGUCCCCCAGUGUCUCCGGCUCUCCUCGUGCCUCAUGGCUGCUGUGAGGGCCCUCAGCUCCUGGAGGAUGCCAUGAAUGUGCCUCACCAUCUGGACAGCAGUGAGUUUCUGGCUGAUGACAUCAGCAUCAUCGCCGGCGGCAGUUUGACCGGUUGGCACGCCGACUCAGCCUUCGUUCUCUGGAGGAGAAUCUUGGGGAUUCUCGGUGAUGUGAACAGCAUCCGCUGCGCCCGCAUCCACGCCAAGGUCUUCAGUUACCUCUAUGAGCUCUGGCACAAGCUGGCCAAGAUCAGAGAUAACCUUGGGAUCAGAGUGGAUACAGACACAGCCAUGGUCCGACCCUUGUUCAUCCCUCCUCUGCGCAUGUUGGCCUCUUGGCUCUUCAAGGCUACCAUGCUGCCGUCAGAGUUCAAGGCUGGCAAGCUACAGGCGUAUAAACUGAUCUGUGAGAUGAUGACGAAACAUCAGGAUGUGCUGCCCAACAGUGACUUCCUGGUGCAUCUUUACCACGUCAUGCACAAAGGCUUCACCAGCGACGAUCAGGAUGUGUUGAACACGAUGAUUAGAUGGUGCUCACCACGCUUCUUCUUCCUGGGCCUGCCGGGCUUCACCAUGCUGGUGGGAGACUUCAUCACCGCGGCUGCUCGUGUCCUCAACACUGACUCCUUUGAGGCUCCACGGAUCGAAGCUCAAACAGUUCUUGGUUCGCUGGUGUGCUUCCCUAACCUGUAUCAACAGAUCCCCUCUUUGCAGUCUGUUCCUGGAUCUGAGGAUAUCGUAGUUGGCAAAGAGGACAUGAAGGACUACCUUGUGAACAUUCUUUUGAAGACGGCACGUAAUGAGACAUGUGAAGGAGCCAGGUGUGUAGCAAUCUGCAGUCUGGGGCUGUGGGUGUGUGAGGAGCUGAGACAGACAGAAACUCACCAUCAGGUCAAAGAUGCCAUUAACGUUCUGGGCGUCACGUUGAAGUUUGGAAAUAAGGUGGUGGCCAAUGUGGCCUGUGACAUCUUUCAGCUACUGAUUUCUCACUGGCAGCACUUACAGAGACUGGAUCCGUCCCUUCCCAAAAGAAUUAUUGAGAUUUUUGUAGCAACCAUAGCAUUUCUUCUGCCCAGUGCUGAACACUCGACAGUUGAGGCAGAUAAAAAGUUAAUGGUGUCUCUACUGCUGUGCCUGCUGGACUGGUGCAUGGCCGUACCUCUGUCCAUCCUACUGGAGCCCAUCACUAUGCCCGUGCUGGACGACCCCGCCUCGCAGAAAGCCCCUCUACUGGACUACAUUUACAGGGUGCUGCACACUUGUGUGUCAGGGUCUAACCUGCACACUCAACAGAGUCACUACCUCCUCAGCCUUGCUGAUCUGUCAACAGACUAUGAACCCUUCCUUACUUUGGGCAAUGUCAAGAGCUUUGAACCACCACCGGUACACAACGUCAUGGGAGACUUUGGAAACCUCCUCACUGUGGCUGAAGAAAAGAAAAGGAGAAGCAUGGAGCUGAUUCCUCUGACUGCUCGGAUGGUAAUGACACACCUGGUCAAUCAUUUAGGCCACCAUCCUCUCAGCGGCGGCCCUGCCCUCUUAAACAGCCUGGUCAGCGAGAACCACGACAACCCCUACGUAGAGUCUUCUGAGCUGUCGUCUGAAGUCUUCAAAAGCCCCAAUCUACAGCUCUUUGUCUUCAAUGACAGCACGCUAGUCUCAUACCUGCAGAUCCCCUCUGACAGUUCCAGCACGUCCGCGGUAAGUGCCAACCCUAGGGAUCAUUCCUCUGAGGUCCGCGUCAUCGUCAGGGACAUCUCGGGAAAGUACUCAUGGGAUGGCGGUGUUCUGUUCCGCACUUUGGACGGAACUGGCUUGAGUUCGGCUGGCAGCAGAGAUCGGUUGCCUCACGACACCACUCACGCUGAAAAGCAGGGCUCCGUCCGCUCCAGUAAAUGCUCCUCUGAGUUGGAAGUGGAAGAUGGCGUGGAUGUCUUGGACCAGCUCCUGGAAGACCUUGGCCACAGCAGCCCCGAGUGCCUGCCACAGCCCCAGCUGAGGCUCACCCAGCCGCCCUCUCCACCCAUCGGCAUGAACCCAGAGAUGGAAGGGCUCAUCAUGGACUCCAUCCACAGACAGGCCAAACAGGAGGACGAGGAGCUGGCCCGACGACAGACUGAAGACCCCAGUGUCAGAGCAGAGAGACAGAGAGAGCCGACGCACCACGAGCCAAAAUCUCCUUUUUACCUCUGCAGGCUUCUCCUCAAUGACCUCGGCAUGAACUCAUGGGAUCGCAGAAAAAGCUUUCAUCUUCUAAAGAAGAACUCCAAGCUCUUGAGAGAGCUGAAAAAUUUGGACUCGAGGCAAUGUCGAGAGACGCACAAGAUUGCCGUGUUCUACAUUGGAGAAGGCCAGGAGGACAAAUGCUCCAUUCUGUCCAACACGGAGGGCAGUCAGGCUUAUGAGGACUUUGUCUCUGGGCUGGGAUGGGAGGUGAAUCUGGCCACUCACUGUGGGUUUAUGGGUGGUUUGCAGAGAAAUGGCAGCACAGGUAGCACAGCACCAUAUUACGCUACCUCCAACGUGGAGGUCAUCUUCCAUGUGUCGACUCGAAUGCCUUCCGACUCAGACGACUCCAUCACCAAAAAGCUUCGUCACUUGGGAAACGACGAAGUGCACAUCGUGUGGUCGGAGCACACACGGGACUACAGACGAGGAAUCAUUCCCACCGACUUCGGAGAUGUCCUCAUCAUCAUCUACCCGAUGAAAAACCACAUGUUUUUUGUUCAGAUCAUGAAAAAACCCCAGGUUCCUUUCUUUGGGCCUCUGUUCGACGGAGCGAUAGUGACCGGAACGCUGUUGCCGAGUCUGGUGCGGGCCACUUGCAUCAAUGCCAGCAGGGCUGUGAAGUCUCGACUGCCGCUUUACCAGAGUUUUUAUGAGGAGAGGGCUCUCUACCUGGAGGCCAUCAUUCAGAACCACAAGGAGAACAUGACCUUUGAGGACUUUGCUGCCCAGGUCUUCUCGCCUUCCCCCAGCUACUGGCCAACGGGAGGUGCAGGUUCCCUCAGCUGCAGCACGAGCGCUGACCUCAGUGUUACUGUGACAACCAACGACUCCGGCGACCAGGUCUCGCCCACUAUACCGCGCGCCUCUAAGAACCGGGUUUCCGGAAAGCUCCGCCGCUCAGCCAGCGCCAUCAGCAAGUCCUCCAACUGAACACUUCCUCUGGCCGUCAGACUGCAUUGUCUUUAAACUGUGUGGAUGAAUGUAUUAUGUGACUGUAAUGUUUCCCACCUGUUGUUUUUUUUGUUUGUUUUGUUUUGAAGCCGAGUAGCAGUAAAGAUGCAACUGCUGCCGCAAAAUUACGUCGUGAAGAAAGAAACUGAAUUAAUGCUGAAGCAAAUGUGAAUGCUCCAUUUGGAUUGCAUUUACGCAACUGCACCUGUCCCUAAUUUUCCUAGGAAAUGAAUCGUACGAAACAUUUCAAAAACCCUGAGGCUUUAGCUAGUUUUUAAUACUCACAUGGUCAGGUUCUCUUGAGCUUUUCUUCAUGUCAAACACUGAAAACUGAAUCAUUGAUGCAAAUGGGCCAGACUUCUUCUUUUUUUUUUUUUUUUUCCUGUCCCGUCCCAGCACUGAGACACGCUUUGGGCCAGUCUGAGAAAAUACUGACACUCUUGAAUCAUCCAAAAAAGAGCGAAUCUGCUUUUACUUUAAUAGCGUAAUCAGUGACGUUUGAAGUACAACAGACUGCGAUGAAAUCACUCGUCUUCUUUUGUUCUUAUGAUUAACUUUUAAGCAACUCAUUUAUUUUAUAGAACUGAUUUAUGCAACAUGCAGAAUGGUAAAAGGCUCAUGUUUGUAAUUCUGUCCAGGUGUAGCAUGAAUGUGUGCUUCUUAAUUUGUGAUUUGAACAUGUUCCGUUCCUGUAAAUCUACUCCAACAUUCCAAUGUUUUUGCACUCGCUCAUUGGUGAAGAUUCCGUAGGUUGAUGAUUGUUCCGUUCUUCCCUCUGUGUUCGAUGUACAUUGCUUUCAUUUUGAUUUGAUUUGAUGAUAAUAUAUACAUAUAUAUAUAUAUAUAUAUAUAUAUUUGUUUCAUGUUGUGUAUAUAUACGGAAAAAUAUAUCUGCCAUCGUACUAUACCUGACUAAACGGAGGAGAAGCCUCCAGCUCCUCAGGUGAAGCUGAACGCCUGCACUGGGUGUGUGUGAAGGGAGCCGUUCACAGUGCCUGUGUAAUACCUGUCCGGAUUUUCCGAGUUUUGCUGUUUUCUUUGUGUUUUAAUUGAUCCCACACUUCCCACGUGGAGAGCAGCAUGUUUUCCCGACGAGUCUUACAUUUCACUGGAGUAAAUUGAAUGAGAUUGUCUGCGUUUUGUGAGAGCUGCUUCUGUCUGAUUAGAUGCUGGAUGGGGGUUCUUUUCCACCUGCUUCCCCGAUUCCCGCGUGCCUCUCCGAGUGCCCUUUACCGUACCAGCAGCAUGCCAGCGCUUCACUCUCUCUCUCUCUUUCCUGCCAACGCCCUGCCGCCCCCUCUCUGUUCCCGUAGAGACCCGGCCUGGUUGCCAUGGAGGCCAGGUGUUACACAUGCCGCAGGCUCCGCCCAGGCUGCAACAGGACACAUGUUGCACUACUUUGCCUUACUUGUACACUCGUCUUUGUUGUUUCGCUUCGCCUGAUACUUUUUCUCUCUUCCGAACGCUGAGUUCCGUGCUCUUUGAGUCUGCUCUGAAUGAAAAACGCUGACGAAUGUAUGCAAACCCACAGCCCAGAUUCCACCCCGGAUCUCAAUUGGGACGAUGCCGAUUUGAAAGGGGCUCAGGGUUGAAAAUACUGCAACUGGCCUAACUUUUGUUUGAUGAUGUUCAUUGUAGACUUUGUUGGUAGCCUUGUAUAUUGUGUCUCUCUCUUUUAUUUUUAUUUUUUUCUUUGAAUGUUCUAAAUUCUGAAGGAUAUAAAUAUAUUAAUGCCUGUAAUAUAAUCUUUGUAUAAGACAUUGAAGAUAAGGAAGCUUGAAGAUUUCGUCAUGACUUGUUAACAUAUCAGACUGUUUUUAAUAGAAAAAGUAAUCGCUUUAUCUUUACUAGAAAUGUGAAGAAAUCGAAACAUUUCAUUAAAUCGAUUUGAAGUUCAUGUUUA